GCAUGUCGUUGUCGUCCUGGAGACGGAGGGAUGAGCUGUGAGUAAAGUGUCGUUUGGUAUCAUAUGCAUCACAAUUAUUAGCCACGUGUUUCUUUAUUUUGUACUCUGCGGCUAUUUCUACAGUUAUUUCCGUGGAAUAUAUUCUUACCCAAAACGACAACCUAUUUUUAUUGCCUGCACCACGUAACCUAAAGUAAAUUUGAGGGCCAAGAACCCAACGUUUUUUUACCUUCUCUAUCACUGUUUUGUUAUUCGUAUUCAAUCCUCUUAUCUUUGUAUUUAUAUCCCUUAAUCCCGUUUCCUUAAUCUUUAAUUUUUGGUUUCAUCCACCUUCAUCAGUUCAUCAUAUACCUUUCAGAUUCUUGUUUCUGUUGUUUAUUUUUCUCCUCCCAGUUCACCCACUGGACUGGAGUGGAAGUUUUUGGCUCCCAAACUUAACUCCCACCAGGUUCCUGUAUGAUUAAAGCCAUGGAUUUAACCCCCUCCAAAUCUCAUGAGUCAGAUACUGAUACUGAAACCCCACUGCAGACCCAUCUCUCCAGAGCCUUAUCUCUCUCGAAUGGCUCUUUCAAUCCUUCCCACCAUUACCACACAACAAAUACUCGCCCAUCUCCACUCCAAGCGGCGGUGUCCUACAAAGAGUGCCUUAAAAACCAUGCUGCUGCCCUUGGUGGUCUUGCCCUUGAUGGGUGUGGUGAGUUCAUGCCUACUCCCACUGAUGCUACUCCUGAUCCAACUUCCCUUAAAUGUGCUGCCUGUGGGUGCCACCGCAACUUUCAUCGCCGUUACCCCUAUACCCACCUUCCUCCACCACCAACCGCUGCUCUUCACUGGACGUCAAGCCCAAGUCCUGGGCAUACUAGCUCUGGUCCAAGCCCUAGUCCAAACUCACCGGUAUCACCAACCCCUCAGCAGUCCGUCUAUCCAUCUGCCCCUCAUAUGCUUCUGGCCUUGAGCACAGGACAUUCUGGGCUGUUUGAUGAGAAUCACCACCAGAGUUUGACGGUCAUGAACCCACAUGGAAGAAAGAGAGCAAGAACCAAGUUUACAGAGGAACAGAAACAAAAGAUGCUUGUUUUUGCUGAGAAGUUGGGGUGGAAGAUGUUGAGGGGAAAUGAAGAGAAAAUGGUGGAUGAGUUUUGUAAUGAAGUUGGGGUAAAGAGGAACGUUUUCAAAGUGUGGAUGCACAACAACAAGCAGAGGAAGGAAAAGGGUAAUAAUCAUAGGACUUGUGAUAUCAACAAGAGUAUUGUUAACGAUAACGAGGAUAGAGUUGGCUUUGGCACCUUCGACUGCAACUCCAACGACAUCAAUAACACCAAGUAUGAUAACUUUACUACUAGGUACCAGAUUGAGAAUAAAGUUCAUGAUGUUCAUGGCGGUGGUUCUCCUGAUGAGUCUUCUCCUUCUUCUUGAUCAAGAAGUAACAGAAGCUAGUAAUUAAGCAUGGGGGUCCUUCCCCUUUCUGGUUCACUUGUUUUUCCUUGGUUAUUUGUUUCAUGAUUAGUAAUCCCUGAUCAUUAAUUACUGACUAUGCUUAUGAUUCUAAUUUCUUUA